UCAAGUAUGGUGUAACAAUAUAAUUUAUUAAAGGUUAUACACAAAUAUAAAACGCACAAUAUAACAAAACCAAACCUCCAACUGAUAACGGAAUGAACACAGACAAGAGCAGUCAGGGCUGGCCGGGUCAGGAACCAUCGGGCAGACAAGACACAAAGGAGCAGGCAGAAGAGUGGUCAGGAAUAGCCGAGGUCAGGACAGGCGGAGUUCAUUCAGAGUCAGGAUUAAAGCAGAAACAGGAUCAGGCAGGAAACAAACAGGAUGCAGGUACAGGGGCUCAUGGGAAACAUACACCAAGGCACUGACUGCAGGCCUGGCCA